AUGGUGUCGGGAUCAGGAAUUUGUGCGAAGGUGGUGGUGGUGGAUGCGAGACACCACAUGCUUGGGCGUUUGGCAUCGAUCAUUGCUAAGGAGCUCUUGAACGGGCAGAGAGUUGUGGUUGUUAGGUGCGAGGAGAUAUGCAUGUCUGGUGGGCUUGUGAGACAGAAGAUGAAGUACAUGAGGUUUCUCCGCAAGCGCAUGAACACCAAGCCUUCUCAUGGUCCCAUCCACUUCCGCGCCCCUGCAAAGAUCUUCUGGCGUACAGUCCGUGGAAUGAUACCACACAAGACUAAGAGAGGAGAGGCAGCACUUGCAAGAUUGAAGGCUUAUGAGGGAAUCCCACCUCCAUAUGACAAGAAGAAGAGGAUGGUUAUCCCCGAUGCUCUUAAGGUAUUGAGGCUUCAGAAGGGGCACAAGUACUGCUUGUUGGGCAAACUGUCAUCCGAGGUUGGAUGGAACCACUAUGACACCAUCAGGGAACUGGAAGAGAAGAGGAAGGAGAGAUCCCAGGUUAGAUAUGAAAGGAAGAAGCAGCUCAACAAACUCAGGGCUAAGGCUGAGGUUACUGCAGAAGAAAAGCUUGGUCCCCAAGUAGAUAUCCUUGCACCUGUUAACCUGCCUUUUCUCCAUGAUGCGGCAGCAGAUGAUUUUCAGCUGCAAUUGUUGUCGGUUUUGAACCCUCCCAGCACGGGAGUUGGCCUAUUGUUUGUAAAUGCUCGCGGAAUUGGAGUAGGUCGAUCUCUUAAUCGUGUCUCUUUGAGAUCUUCAAGGUUGAACAGAACUAGCCUCUGGCAAGUGGGUUUACGUUGGGCCAAACUUCAUUGUGAAGGUAACCAAAGCCCAUCUCUUGUUUUUCUUUUCAGGCCUAUUAAGACAGCUGGAGUUGGAACUUGCAAUGGCCUCUGGAUUGUUGGUUUCUGUAAUCAAGAAGGUUUCUAUUUCUUGAGUUUAUCUUGUGGUGGAACUACGGAUUACGUUGAUGCAUCCAACAUCUCAUGGGUCUCAGAUGGUGCAUACAUCAGGACAGGCAAAACAGGUAGCAUUGAUUUCGUUGAUGGGACAUCCUCCUCUAAUGUCCCUCUGCGCUUUUUCCCAGAUCAUAAGCAAAGUAGACAGUACUGUUAUAAACUACCAGUGAAUAAGAAGAAUAUGUCAGUUUCCUCAUCCAGCUUGGUUCUAGUUAGAGCUCAAUUUUUGUACCAGAAUUACGACAGACUUGGGAAACCCCCUGCCUUUUCUGUUUCUCUUGGCACUGCCAUUUCUGCUACUGUGAACCUCACCACUAAGGAUCCAUGGACAGAAGAGUUUGUGUGGCCACUUGAUAAUAGUUCUAAGGAUAUACUUUCCUUUUGCUUACAUUCUGUUCCACAUGGUGGAUUUCCAGUUAUUUCAUCUCUUGAAGUUCGACCACUUCCUCAGGGAGCUUACCAAACUGGCAUGGAAGAUUUCCCAAAUAAGUUGCUCAAGAAGUCUUACCGCACCAAUAGUGGUUCUACCUCUAAAUCUAAUGGGUCCUUGCGGUACCCUUUGGAUCCGUAUGAUCGUAUCUGGGAAACUGAUCAAAACUAUACACCCUUUCACGUUUCCACUGGAUUCAGUGUUUUACAUAGCUUCAAUUUGUCAAGUGUCCCUGAGACUCCUCCUCCUGCUGUUCUUCAAACUGCAAGAGUUCUGGAUCGAACAGAUGUCUUGACUUAUAACCUUCCUCUUCGUACACUCGGGGACUACUACAUUGUACUCUAUUUUGCCGGCAUUCUUCCUGUUUCACCAUCUUUUGAUGUCUUGGUUAAUGGAGAUGUCGUGCAGUCAAAUUAUAAUGUAAAAAUGUCAGAAGCCAGUGCUCUGCACUUGACUCAGAAAAGAAUCAAGAGCUUGAAUAUCACACUGAAAAGCAUCAGCUUCUAUCCACAAAUCAAUGCUAUCGAGGUUUAUGAGAUUGUUGACAUUCCAUUAGAAGCUUCCUCAACCACAGUGUCAGCACUUCAGGUCAUUCAGCAGUCUACUGGCUUGGAUCUCGGAUGGGAGGAUGAUCCAUGCUCUCCGACAAUGUGGGAACAUAUUCGAUGUGAAGGAAGCAUAGUUACAUCACUGAAGCUUUCAGACAUCAAUCUGAGGUCAAUUAGUCCAACUUUUGGUGACUUGUUGGAUCUUAAAAAACUGGAUUUGCAUAACACAUCACUUGCUGGAGAGAUACAGAACUUGGGAAGUCUCCAACAUCUUGAGAAGCUGAACCUGAGUUUCAAUCAGCUAACAUCUUUUGGAACUGAAUUGGAGAACUUGGUUCGCCUUCAAGUGCUGGACCUGCAAAACAAUAGCUUAGAUGGAACAGUUCCUGAUGGCUUGGGAGAGUUGGAGGACCUUCACCUAUUGAACCUGGAGAACAAUAAACUGCAAGCAACCCUCCCACAAUCUCUGAACAAAGAUAGUUUGGAAGUUAGGACAUCAGGAAAUCUGUGCCUUUCUUUCUCCACCUUGUCAUGUGAUGAUGUUUCCUCCAAUCCGUCUAUUGAGACUCCACAAGUUACUAUCGUUACCAAGAAGAAGUCUGACAAAAAUAGUCACAUGGCAAUUAUGCUUGGUGCCAUUGGAGGAACCUUACUUGCUCUUAUAGUGAUUUCUCUUUCAGCAUUCUUGUACAUGAGGAAAGAAAGAACUGAAAUCACAUAUUCAGAAAGUAAGUAG